AUUUAAAACAUUAUAACGGAUUGUGGGCGCCAAUGAUGAAAGGUCAAUCCUAUUGGUGCAACUUGGACCAAUCAUAUAAGACCACGAUUGCAAUGGCGGCGUGGCUGAACAGUUUUGUGAUAUCGGGUGGUUAGAUAGAGGCUUCUAAAGCCAGCAACUUUGUUUUCUUAUGUAUUGAAAUAUUCAUAUUAUCGUGGCUUGCUCUUUUUAUUCAGUCAUGUAUCAUUGUGGUUUAUUAUUGGUCUUAUUGGAUCUGUCUUUAGAUGUGGUUGGAAGUGUUUCUCAAUUAGAAAUUGACAGGCAUUUGGAAUUAGGUAGAGAAUUUUUAGCAAAAGGACAAUUACAGGAUGCACUGUCACAUUAUCAUGCAGCUGUUGAGGGAGAUCCAAAUAACUAUUUGACAUAUUAUAAAAGGGGCACAGUAUAUCUAGCAUUAGGUAAAGCUAAAUUUGCACUUCUUGAUCUUGAUAGAGUUUUGGAAUUGAAACCAGAUUUUACUUCUGCAAGAUUACAACGUGGUAAUGUAUUACUUAAACAAGCUCAGUUUGAAAAAGCAGAAGGAGAUUUUCGAGAUGUGUUAGCAAUUGAACCACAAAAUUCAGAUGCCUAUAAUGCCUUAUAUAAAAUAGCACCUGCCCAAGAAGAUUUAUUAGUUGUAGACAGAUUAAAAACGAAUGGUGAUUAUGCAGCAGCUGUGCAACAAAUUACUAGAGUUAUAGAAGUAUGUCCAUGGUCAGCUGAACUUAGACAACGUAGAGCUGAAUUAUAUGAAGUACUUGAAGAUUAUAUUAGUGCUAUUUCUGAUGUACGUUCUACAACUAAAUUACAAUCUGACAAUACACAAGGAUUUUUAAAAUUAGCUACUUUGCAUUAUCGUCUUGGACAAGUUGAAGAAUCAUUAAAGGAGAUUCGAGAAUGUUUGAAACUUGAUCCAGAACAUUCAAAAUGUUUUUCAUUUUAUAAAAAAGUUAAAAAGGUAGCAAAAUUAUUAAUAUCUGCAACAGAAUAUGAGGAUAAAAGAGAUUAUACUAAUUGUAUAGAUUCAGCCUUGCCUAUACUUAAACUUGAACCACAAGUAAUCAAUGUACGUUUCCUUGCUCAUCAGCAUCUCUGUAAAUGUUAUACUAGUAAUCAGGAACCAACUCAGGCAAUUAAAAAUUGUCAUGAAGCAUUAAAAAUAAGAAAAGAAGCUGCAGUAUAUUGUGAUAGAGCAGAAGCUUAUCUUGCUGCUGAAAUGUUUGAUGAUGCUAUUAGAGAUUUUAAAGAGGCUUUAGAAAUUGAUAUGAGUUUACAAAGAGCAAAGCAAGGUCUUCAUAAAGCACAACAACGACAAAAACUUUCUGAAUCUCGAGAUUAUUAUAAAAUUUUGGGUGUGCCAAGAACAGCAUCUAAACGUGAUAUUAUCAAAGCAUAUAGAAAAGCUGCACAAAAGUGGCAUCCUGAUAAUUUUCAAGAAGGAGAAGAAAAGAAACUGGCAGAAAAAAGAUUUAUUGAUAUUGCAGCUGCCAAAGAAGUAUUAACUGAUGAUGAAAAAAGAGCAAAAUUUGACCAAGGAGAAGAUCCAUUAGAUCCUGAAUCAGGAAAACAUCAACAAGGAUUUAAUCCCUACCAAGAGUUUCAUCACUUCCAUGGAUCUCCCUUCCAAUUUAAAUUCCAUUUUAAUUAGUUAUUUCUUUCAUUUUUUAUGAUUCUAGCUCAAAUAAAAUUCGUGAUUUCAUAA